AUGAGCGACCUUGCUAAUGGUGACACCGUAGACAAGUUCUUUGUCAAACACCUGUCCCUCGAUGUGGAGGAUGCAGUGAUGCUUCACCACCGCUACUACAAGGAAUACGGCCUGGCAAUCGAAGGGCUGACUCGAUUUCACAAGAUCGACCCGCUCAUGUUCAAUCGGGAAGUCGACGAUGCCCUGCCACUAGACGACAUCCUGAAGCCCAACAUGAAGCUCCGGACGUUGCUGGAGGACUUUGACAAAACCAAAGUAAAGCUCUGGUUGCUGACGAAUGCAUACGUCACUCAUGGGAAGAGAGUAGUCAAACUUCUGGGCGUGGAUGAUUUAUUUGAGGGUAUCACCUACUGCGACUAUGGUGCAGAAAAGCUUGUCUGCAAGCCAGAUCGGGAGAUGUACCUGAAGGCAGAGAGGGAGGCGGGAGCUGCUUCGCCAGAAGAGUGCUAUUUCGUUGGUAAGUUUUGUUUGCAUCUUGAAUACGCUUACUCUGUACGGAGUAUGCUCUGCUUUAAUUGCGUGGUUGGAUUUUUUUUUGGGUUUCUAACGAGUUGUUCCGCAGACGACUCGCACCUUAACUGUCGUCAUGCCCAGGCUCACAAUUGGACGACAAUUCACUUUGUCGAGCCGACCCUACCGGCGCCAGAAACCCGGGCGUCCAAGUAUCAGAUCGCCGAUCUUGAGGAGAUUCGGACCCUGUUUCCGCAGUUCUUCAAGGCGACGAACUAG